UGUCUACAAAUUGACACAAUGACCUACUUUCCUUUCGUUGAAAGUAAACAAAAACAAAUUUAAAUUAAUGUUUACAAUAUUAAGUGCUCGACAACAAAGCGUACAAUCGGUCUCCACAACAUAACCUCACUUAUCACCAAGGCCUAAAUGCACGAAAUAUUCGAAAAAUACAUGUUUUCUACGUACUGCAACCACUUCCCGUGCAUCCAACCCAUUCCGGAGUACCAGUGUGCUAAAUGCCAUUACUCUACACACUUCAAAAUGUGUCUAUACAAGCAUUCUCCGAAACCAGAAACCCUCAGCCCCCAUAUUUGCCCCAAAUGUAAAAAUUUCCAAACCCAUUCCACUCUAAUCUUCCUCAGACAUCUAAACAAGUGCAAAAAACCCAAAGAGCGGCGCUUGAAGCCCCCCAUUCCGAAGCGACCCAAACGCUACAGCUGCACCAAAUGCCCGUACGCCAGCCCCAGCAAACAAUACCUCUUCAUCCACGUGAACGCCCGCCACACCACCCCCGACGCCAUCGUGUGGAUAAAAUGCGAACAUUGUACCUUCAAAACAAAAUGGCCCAGCCACCUCCGUAUCCACACUAGCCUCAACCACUGUGAUAACCCCAUCUGGUACAAGUGCGCCUCGUGCGACUUCAAAAGCCGCCUUCGACGCGCUUUGCAAGAGCACCAGAUCGUGCACUUGCCCCCCGACCAAAUCGAGUGGCAACAAUGUGAACACUGCCACUACAAAUCGAAAACCAAACGCCACCUCAAGAAGCACAUUUUCCUCAAGCACACCGACCCCGACUUGAUUAAGUGGGCGCAGUGCGAGCUGUGCCCCUACCGGGCCAAGCAGCGCACCCACUUGAAGAACCACGUCCGGGCCAAGCACACCCCUCCGGGCGACUCCGACUUGCCUCAGUGCGACUUCUGCCCGUACAAAACCGUGCAUCGCAGCACGCUAGUGAGACACAUGAACGCGCAACAUUUGAACCAGAGUCUGCAGAGGAGCGCCAGGGGGGCUGUCUUUAAAUGGUACGAAUGCGAUCGGUGUCUUUUCAAGACGAAGACGAACGCCAAUUUGAAGCGGCACGUGAUUUCGCAGCACACGGCCCCGGAGGACAUCGAGUGGUUCGAGUGUGAGUUGUGUCCGUUCAAGGGGAAGAUGAAGGGGCACUUGAGGAAGCACGUGAGGCUGCAGCACUCGGCGGACGUGGUGUGGUCGAAGUGUGAGUUUUGCGAGUAUAAGACGAAGCAAAAGAGCCACUUGAAGGAUCACGUUAAGGCGAAGCACACGAGGAGGGAGGAUUUGCAGAUGCUGAUGUGCGAUCAGUGUGGGUACGAAACGGGGUUUGCGAAUACGUUGAAGAGGCACGUGAGGAACAGGCACGGGGGGCUGAAAAGGGGCAAGGGGAGGUGAGGGAGUGAGUUAACGAGGCUGUGAAACUGUGUGUAUUCUAGUCGUUUGAGUUUACCAAAUAAAUUUCGAAAGAUGGUGUAUUGUUGGUUGCAUAGCGC